AGAUUUUAUGCGUCUGUUUUUACUAGCAUUUCUUAGAUAUCGCGUGUGAGCAGUAAGCCGCGUUUUUAAAGGAGGCGUUUAGUUUCUCUGAUCCAGUUUACUGCCGAAUAAAAUCCCCAUCCCGUUUUUCACCCUUGUUGUUGAAGCUCGCUGGCGAUAGAUAGCCACUACGACAACUAGUCAUUACAACUGAGGUAGCGAGUCCUGAAGACUUCAAGCAGCGUAUGCGUCAAUAUGUCGACCUUGCACGUGUCUCUAUUUCCUAACCGAACGUGUACCACGGCUUUUAAAACAUUUUAUUCGUAAUGCUGACAGGUUUUCAGUUAUUUACAAAUUAUGUACCGUUUGGCUAAUGGUUUUGUCUUUUGAUUUUAAAUUUGCUUUUAUCGAUUUAUCACUUAUUUUAUUUUCUUUAUUUAUAGUAACAUGAGAUACUAAAACAUUUACGGCGUAUACACACGCACACACGAAGACACUGCACUAGUCCUGUCCGAUGUACAGCAUUUCGAAAAAGCCGUUGAUACUGCAGUAUAUUUUCAGUGACAACGACUUGAAGACGCCGUACGUCUUAAAACUGUUGUUCAGUGAAUAUAAUCGUACCAGAAGACAGGGAAAGUGUCGAGAAGUUAGGCACAGCUGGAGUCUGCCAUCUUUGGAGGACGCAGAUAUGUACCCUUGAGCAAGGAGGCCACAGAGAAGGCGGCCAUAACGAGUUUAAGAAAGGCGAGAUCCUACCCCCCUGCCCCCGCAGUCUCUCUCUCUCUCUGUACCAGCAGGCGAAAAACACGUAAAACUAAAGACCAGCGCGCCCAAUGCGUUUGGGGCUCCAUUCCUUGCCUUAUGUUUUAUAUAUUUAGAGCUUAAUUUGAUCCACAGUGCCUGAGCAAGCCCGCUGACAUCAGCAUGUAUCAGGUGGUGCCCGGGGGUGCCGGUGGCACCAUCACCACUGGCAUACCGUUAAAGCAGAAGAUGGGCAAGGACGGGCGCCCCCUGGUGGGCGCGGGGGUGCUGGGCGUGGUGCUGGUGAUCGCCGCGGUAACGGCCUGGUGCUACUACAUCGCCUCCCUGCGCAAGGCCGACCUGCUGAAGACGGAGCUGCUGGACCUGAACAAGGACGGGUUCCUGAUCCGCAACCAGGCCGGGGCCAUCGUGUUCCGCAUGGCCUUCAGGUCGGGCACGCUGGACCUGGACUCCUGCUCCAAGGAGGGCGAGAUCCUGAGGUGCGGCCGGUCGGAGGCGGGGCGCCUCAACUUCUUCAUCCAGACGGUGCGGCCCAAGGGCACGGUCAUGUGCUACCGCGUGCGCUGGGAGGAGCUGGAGUCCGAGCGGCCCGUGGAGCACGCCAUGUCCUACAACGGCUCGCACUGGUACGGCGGCGCCGAGUCCAGCACCCAGCGCUGGCCCAUCGUCAUCGCCGGCCAGCAGGCGCCCAAGCCCUUCGUCACCAGCGACGUGUACGCCCGGCGCGACGAGUUCGGCGGCAUCCUGGAGCGCUACUGGCUCUCGUCCAACGCCAGCGCCAUCAAGAUCAACGACUCGGUGCCCUUCCACCUGGGCUGGAACGACACCGAGCGGACCAUGUACUUCCAGGCGCGCUACCAGGACAGCCCGUACAAGCCGCCGCCGGGGCGGCCGCCCUUCACCGAGCUCAGCUACCGCGUGUGCGUGGGCUCCGACGUCACGUCCAUCCACAAGUACAUGGUGCGCCGCUACUUCAACAAGCCCAACAAGGUGCCCUCCAAGGCCAUGUUCCGCCACCCGAUCUGGUCCACCUGGGCCCUGCACAAGACCGAGAUCGACCAGGAGAAGCUGCUGCAGUACGCCGCGGACAUCCGCCGGCACCGCUUCAACUGCAGCCACCUGGAGCUGGACGACCGCUACACCAGCCGCUACGGCGAGUUCGAGUUCGACCCCGUCAAGUUCCCCAACGCCUCGGCCAUGUUCGGGAGGCUGAAGGCCGACGGCUUCCUGGUCACGCUCUGGACGCACCCCUUCGUCAACUACGACUCGGCCAACUUCGGCGUGGGCGUGCAGAAGGGCCUGUUCGUGCGCGAGCCCACGGGCGCGCUCCCCGCGCUGGUGCGCUGGUGGAACGGCAUCGGCGGCAUCCUGGACUUCACCAACCCGGACGCGCGCGACUGGUACGCCUCCAACCUGCGCUCCCUGCGCUCCCGCUACGGCGUGGCCUCCUUCAAGUUCGACGCGGGCGAGACCAGCUACCUGCCCUGGCAGUUCAGCACGCGCCGGCCGCUGUACGACCCCAGCACCUUCACGCGCCGCUACUCGGAGAUGGCCAUCCCCUUCAGCGAGCGCGCCGAGCUGCGCGUGGGCUACCAGUCGCAGAACAUCUCCUGCUUCUUCCGGCUGAUCGACCGCGACUCGCUGUGGGGCUACGAGCUGGGGCUCAAGUCGCUCAUCCCCGCUGUGCUCACCAUCAGCAUCCUGGGCUACCAGUUCAUCAUGCCCGACAUGAUCGGCGGCAACGCCUACCGCAACCGGACCGACGGCGGGCGGCGGCUGCCCGACCGCGAGCUGUACAUCCGCUGGCUGGAGCUGUCGGCGUUCAUGCCGGCCAUGCAGUUCAGCGUGCCGCCGUGGGAGUACGACGCGGAGGUGGUGCAGAUCGCGCAGCGCUUCACGGCGCUGCACGAGACGCUGGUGGCGCCGCGCGUGCUGGAGCUGGCCUACGAGGUGCUGGCCACCGGCGACCCCAUCAUCCGGCCGCUCUGGUGGAUCGCCACGGGCGACGAGACCGCCUACAAGAUCGACUCGCAGUUCCUGAUCGGCGACGACCUGAUGGUGGCGCCGGUGCUGGAGCCCGGGAAGCAGGAGCGGGACAUCUACCUCCCGGCGGGGCGCUGGCGCAGCUACAAGGGCGAGAUUUUCGACAACAAGGGGCCCUUGCAUCUGACCGACUACCCCGUGGACCUGGACGAGAUCGCUUACUUUGUCUGGAUGUAGUUGUGGGGGAGUUUUUGCUGAAGGCGUGUG